AUGUUCUCGGCCUCUCUUCGCCAGGUGACAUCCCUCAAGCAAAAAAUCCCGUUUCUAAACGAACUUCACCUCAAUUUCAUUCUUCUUCACUAUGCCUACAUCAUAUCCUGGGCUAUCACCGGUUCCAUUAUCGUUUACCUCGGGGGUAACAUCGACUACGUCGAUGCCCUCUUCCAAGCCGCCGGCGCCGCCACUCAGAGUGGGUUGAACACCGUCAAUCUCAAUACACUCCGGCUAUAUCAACAAAUCGUCCUAUACAUGAUUACAUGUUUGUGUACGCCAAUCUUCAUUCAUGGCGCCUUGGUGUUUAUUCGGCUGUACUGGUUCGAAAAGCGAUUCCAACAUGUGGUCCGAGACGCUCGUGCGAUGCGACGGACCCGAUCCCGAAUGCAAACCGUGACCGAUGAUGGAGACAGCGAGGAUAUCAAUAUCAACCGCGCGGAGGGUGGAGUCAGUGGUCGACCCAUUACAGUGAUACGGAACGAUUCAGGGGAUGCCCGGGACGCUCGGUCGACGGAUCCGACUAGCAAGGACUUCGCUCCCGGCAUCAACACACCAGAACGCCGGGAGAGCAGUGUUGACUCUAGCUCGGAUGGAACAAGCGCGAGCAACGAGCCCCGUUUUGGCCUCGGUAGCUUGAAGGUGCCAACCCAUUUGAGCCCUGAACACCACAUCGCCUUCUUGGAAAAGCAACGGAAGGACAAAGGAGCUCUGCGCAUUCCAAGUCCUCGGGAGUAUGACCGCGGCGGUGCGCCUGAGGCGUUAGAAGAAGUGGCAAACCAGGAUGGUGAGCAGGCUCAGCAUUCCAGUGACCACGAUGACCAGGACGACCAAAUCAGCCCCAAUACACACUCCGAGGAGCUGGAUCAGCUUGGUCCACUUGAAGGACCACACAUCACCAUCAACGAGCCAGAUAUUUCACGAACCCGUCCACGUGGUAACACGUUCCCUCGUCUGGACACUCGCCCCACUGUCCGGGAGACUAAAGAUGGGAAUGAGACUACUACCCUGGCCCCUACUAAUACAAGGAACCCCGUCAGGGGACUUAUCCGGUCUUUGACACAAGAGCGUGACAUUUCCACUCAGCCGUAUCUCAGCUGGAAUGCGACAGUGGCUCGUAACUCUAAUUUCGUGGAUUUGACCGAGGAGCAGCGUGAUGAGUUAGGCGGUAUCGAGUACCGUGCGCUCAAGACGCUGGCUGUCCUUCUUAUCAUUUACUACCUCGGUUUCCACCUCAUCGGCAUGGUCAGCAUGAUCGGCUGGAUCAUGACCAAUGACAAGUGGGGUGAUGUUGUCCGGGCUGAUGGAGUUGGGCGGCCGUGGUGGGGAAUCUUCACAUCUGCGUCCGCCUUCAACGAUUUGGGCUUUACCUUGACACCUGACUCGAUGUACUCCUUCCAAAGGGCCAUUUUCCCUUUGCUGAUGCUAUCGUUUUUGAUCAUCAUUGGCAAUACCGCAUUCCCCUGUAUGCUUCGCCUGAUGAUUUGGGUUCUGUCCAAGCUCACUCGCCAGGGGAGCGCACUAUGGGAGGAAUUGAAGUUCCUUCUAGAUCAUCCCCGGCGAUGCUUCACUCUGUUGUUCCCUCGUAAUGCCACUUGGUGGCUAUUUGCGAUUGUCGUCGCAUUGAACGGCAUUGACGUGAUCUUCUUUCUCAUCCUAGAUCUCCACGAUUCUGCCGUCACUGAUCUACCAGUCGGGAUUCGAAUUCUGGAUGGCUUCUUCCAAGCUGCUGCAACACGAACCGCCGGUUUUGGAAUCAUCAGUCUUUCAGAACUUCAUCCGGCCGUACAAGUGUCCUAUAUGAUUAUGAUGUACAUCUCAGUCUUUCCCAUCGCUAUCUCCAUGCGCCGAACCAACGUCUACGAAGAGAAGAGUUUGGGUAUCUACGGUUCCAAUGAUGAUGAUGACGACGAAGAAACGAAUGCACCCACCUAUAUCGGAGCUCAUUUGCGACGCCAGCUGAGUUUCGAUUUGUGGUAUGUCUUUUUAGGAUUGUUUAUCAUUGCUAUUGCAGAAGGAUCAAGAUUACAGAAUCGGGAAGACUACUCCUUCCAGCUAUUCACUGUGUUAUUUGAAGUUGUCUCGGCAUACGGUACUGUGGGUCUGUCGUUUGGAUACACAAAUGUCGACACCUCCUUCUCGGGACAGUUCAAUGUGGUCUCCAAGUUGGUGAUUAUUGCCAUGCAAGUCCGUGGUCGCCACCGUGGUCUGCCUUACGCACUUGACCGCGCCGUCCUUCUCCCCUCCGACGCCCUCAACCGACACGAGGCAGAAGAGGGAGAGCGCCGCAUGCGCCGCCGCACAUCCAACCUCAGUGGCGGUGGAUCUUUCGCCCAAUCGCAAUCACGUACCUUAUCUCAGGCGAGGAACGAUGCUGGUCUGUCUUCGGAUCGUUACAGCGGGGUCUUAGUCCCCACUCUCGAAACCAAAUCCCCAAUCACGACCUCCACCCAACCAGAACAAGAUACCCCAGUCCAAACACCCUGGUAUAACCCACGAGGCUGGUCUCUACGCAAGAAACUCAUCAUCAGCACAACAACCAUAGUAACCAUCUUGGCUACAAUUCUGAUCCCCGUCGAAAUAAUCCAAAACCGUUACCCAAACUACACACCCCUCAACUACACCCUCGCAGACACAUACUCAGGCCGAACCUUCUUCGACCAAUUCAUCUAUUUCACAAACGAAGACCCAACAGACGGCUUCGUCGUCUACGUCAACAAAUCAACAGCAACACAUCUGAAUCUCACUUAUGCAACCGAAUCCUCGGCAAUCCUGCGCGUCGACGCAUCAACCCCAAACACCCUCUCCGGUCGAAACUCAGUCCGCAUAGAGUCGAGAAGUACAUAUGAUUCAGGCCUUUUCAUCUUCGAUAUCAUCCAUACGCCAUUCGGUUGUGCGACAUGGCCUGCUUUGUGGUUAACGGAUGGUUAUAAUUGGCCGAUGAAUGGGGAGAUUGAUGUGCUUGAAACGACCAAUCUUGGAAGUCGGGGGAAUGAAAUCACUAUUCAUACUACCAAGGGGUGUAAGAUGGAUGUCAAGCGGAAACAGACCGGUCAGGGUAUUUUUACGAAUUGUGAUAAUGUCACGAAUGGGAAUUCGGGAUGUGGGGUUAUCGGUGAUGAGAAUACGUAUGGAGAGGAAAUGAAUAACCGUGGUGGGGGUGUUUAUGCCCUUGAGCUUCGUGAUGCUGGUAUUCGGACUUGGUUCUUCCCGAGUGGAGCUAUUCCUGCUGAUAUCACGAAUGAAAAUCCGGAUCCAAGUAGCUGGGGGAUUGCACUGGCGGAUUUCCCGAGUACGAAUUGUGAUAUUGCGACCCAUUUCAAGAAUCUGAGUAUCAUUGUGAAUAUUGAUCUCUGUGGUGAGCUUGCGGCUCAGAAGCAGUUUUAUGAUACUCUGUAUCAUUGUCCGGCGACUUGUUCGGACUUUGUUGCUAGCAAUCCUGGCAGUUUUGUGAAUGCUUAUUGGGAGUUUAGGAGUUUCAAGGUAUAUCGUGCUUAUUGA